UACAUGUACAUACACAUGUAUAUAUGUGUGUACAUACAAUUGUGUAUAGUGGUUGACAACAAUUAAUGGAACAGUAUACCCUCCUACAAUGUUUAUUUAGAUUAAUGUACUGCAUAUUGGUUAUGAUUGAACUUGAAUAUGAAUGAAACCGUUCAUAUGUAUCCACUUUGUUGUUAUUUUUGUAGCGGGAAAAAUACUAUGAACAUCGUAUACCCGAAAAUAAGGUUUUAUGUGGUCAGAAUUUAAUCGUAAAGUGUUACUACAAUGAAGGCAGUAAAACAUAAAUAACAAUCUCAACCCAUUAUAUUGCAAAUAAAGAAGAAUUCGGAAUAUCUUUGGCAAUUAUUGGAAUCAAGUACCUUUAGAAUACAUACGCAUGUAUUUUACAUGUUAAAUUACUACUUCCCGAUAGCUACGAAUGCUCUUCGAUGAUGUUACUGCCUUCGGGGCGAUCAAACAGUGAUAGAACAACAUCUCCUCAAUUGGCAGUCAAAAGCACAAAUAAAUUGGAAAAUGUACAAACAGCGGCUUCAAUAAUAUCAAAAAAUAAUGGACCUGUGUCCACAGUGGGCACUAAUUCUCUAUCACCUGGUAAUCAGAGUGAAAACGGAAUCUGUUGUAUCGCUCAUUCCUUCCUUACCUCAAAAUUUCCAGCUUUGAUUGGCACUACGACAGAAGACUAUGCUGUAUUGAGUAAUAAAGAAAGUUGGAAAGAAAUUGGUCAACAGUUACAAGCGCUACAGGAAACUCUGAAGGAUGAGUGGACUGUUCAUAUGGGUAAAGAGGGCCGGCUAUAUUAUUGCAACCAUGUUGCUAAAACAUCGAGUUGGUUGCCAUCUAGCGAAGACUGGUGUAAAUAUGAAGAAUUGCCUUAUGGUUGGGAAAGGGCAAUAGAUUCAAAAGCAAGAUCAUAUUACAUAAAUCACAUAAAUAAAACCACAACAUAUGAGGCACCUGAAAAUAUACAAUGUGAUGGCAAUUCACCCGAACCAAGAAUGGUAACUCUUGAGCGCAGCCCUACCCUAGGCUUCGGUUUCGUUGCUGGCAGUGAAAGACCAGUUAUAGUACGUUUCGUUACAGAUGGUGGACCCAGUAUGAAUAAACUUCAACCUGGUGACCAGAUUCUCGCAGUAAACGGAGAAGAUGUAAAAGAGGCUCCUCGUGAUCAUGUUAUUCAAUUGGUACGAGCUUGUGAAAACGAAGUAACAAUAAUGGUGUGUCAACCAACGCAUAUCUUUGCACCCGGUCGUAAAUCUACACUCCUCUCAGCGGGUAAACGAGCAAAAUUACGGACGCGACCUAGUAGGGUUCGCUUUGCUGAAAGUGUUUGCGUAAAUGGAUCACCGUUAUUUCCGGCAUCAGCAUUUUCAUUGGGAGACAUUUGUGUGCCGCCGAUGGCAAAUGUGCUCAAAGUAUUCCUUGAAAAUGGGCAAACAAAGUCAUUCAAAUACGAUUCCUCUACCAGUGUGCAGGAUGUGGUACGUUCACUUCUAGACAAGUUGUGUCUUUCUACAGGGGAAAUUUUUAGCCUUGUAUUGGAGCAUGUGAAAAGUUUAAAACGGAAUAAGCUCACAUUACUGGAUCCUGAGGAAUCUUUGGCGAGAAUCGCUGCGCGGCCAGGUGCUCAUAAACUGCGUUGCUUAUUUCGUGUGACUUUCGUACCGAAAUCCGCUGGCGAUUUGGCUCAGAAAGAUUUGAAUGCUUUAGAUUAUUUAUAUAUGCAAUGCUGCAAUGAUGUGACACAAGAACGUUUUGCACCCGAACUCCAGCCAGAGGUAGCAUUAAGACUAGCAGCAUUACAUAUGCAUCAACAUGCAUUGGCCAAUAACAUUUCACCAACAAAAUUAACAGUUAAAGCAGUUGAGCGAGAAUUUGGUUUAGAAAGAUUUGUACCGAUAUCUUUAUUUGAGGGAAUGAAACGAAAGGAACUUAGACGAUUGAUAUCACACUUUCUUAAACUAAAUGCAGAAAUGACUGGUUCAUCCGCUAAAGUUUUGACACAGUUACAGGCAAAAUUGCACUAUUUGGAUAUUAUCUCAACUUUACCCAGCUAUGGCGCUAAAUGUUUUAGUACAAACCAAAGGGAAGGUGUUGAACGCGUUUUACUUAUUAGCCCACGCUAUGGCUUGAGUCAAAUACCAAGUGUAAGAAAUUCGGUGCCUCAACCUAUAUCAGCUAUUGAAGACUUUAGUCAUGUCGCCGUCAAACGGGAAGAUGACGUGUCUUGCAGUGUAACCAUUUAUAUGCAGGGAGGCAAAUCAGUAAAAUUUUCAAUGGAGGAUCGUGAUGCAUGUGAAUUCUCACUAGUUUUAUCCGGUUAUCAUUGCUUAUUAACAGGAAAAAUACUUGCUGUGGAACGGGAACGAGAUCAACAUCAUGAUGACAAUGCACCAUCUUAUUUAACCCAACACACCGUCAUACCAGCUGUUUGGAGUUAUUUAUUGCCUUUUCACGAUCGAACUCACAGCAUAACAUUCCUAUUAUUGCCCCCCUAUCAUUCAGAGAAAAACAAAACUAUAUCAAUUGAAAGCAAAAAUGAAAAAAAUUAUAUUUUAAGUGGAUCCGAAAAGAAUUAUAUGGAUUUGAAUUCUUCAAAUAAGGCACAUAGUAACCACAACCCUAAGAUUAUACCACUUGUUAACGACGGUUCUACAGGUCUAGAUAUUCACAGUGUUAUGGCUACGGAAUUAUUGGAGGAAGCAAAGGAUUCCGGUAUAAGCGACAGUAGCGGUGGUGAUCGAUCAAUCACUAUGGAAACAAAUGCUUUCAUAGAGGCUAAAAAUGUUGAAGUACUACGACGUGUUCACGAAAUGCAAAAAAUGGUAGAAAGCUCCGAACAGUAUUUAAAUGAGCAGGGUGAGAUGGUUCCUGAGUCUGAUGAGCUUUCGUAUGAUACUAAUAUCCAAUUUAAUAGUACUUUGAAUAUAUGGCCGAAUGAAUCCAUAAAUAAGGAACAAAAUCUAAAUAAAACAGGCAAUUCGCUGGAGUUCGAUAGUGACUGCGAUAGUAUGAAUAGCAGUAAAAUAUCUUCAACGGAGGAUACCCCUCAACUAGGGGCUCUUAAGCAUAGUGAUUCCUUAGUUCUUUUGGCAGAAUCUAUAAAUCAAGAUUUAAAUGGUAUAACACAGAGUUUGAAUUCAAUUGGAAGGAAACCGUCAGAACUGUCGAUUGCCAUUUCAAAUAUUAGUACGACGUGUAGUCCGCGGCCAGAUAGGAAAUUUAACAACAUCGGACAAAUACUGACCAAUCUUCAAACGAGCGCAGAUUUUUCUCAAAGUGAAAGCGAUUCUGAAUCAGUUAAUUCUCCAACGGGCUCCCCUGUAGCUCGCCGACCACUAAUUCUAUGUUCUAAUGACAAAAGAAAUAGCCAUAAACAGAAUUUGGCUUACCGAAGCAGCUUUGGUCUGCAUAGUCCCGAUGGCAAUAACUUUGCUUCAGAUAAUAAGGACUAUAAUUUAAAAGAAUACUUGAAACAACUUAAAGAAAUAAGCAAUGUUCAUGAUGGAAGUCAGGAUACCGAUGUAGCUGCAAAAAAACUUUCUGAAAUUUAUGGUUUUGAAAUUCAUGGUGACACAUUUAUUGCAACUGAUACUGAUUUAAUUGAUUUGCGCUCUAUACCACCUCCACGCACUCCUGACGAAUUGGACGCAAUAUCCUUACUGAAUGCUGCUCCACAAGGUUUCGGUGAUGGGUCGAAAAAUAUUUUAAAUACUAACGCUGAAAGUGAUCUGGACACAUUCCUAGCAAACAUAAUUGUGGCACCGCCAACACAAAGAACUACUCCAGCAAAAGAACUAACGCCAGAGGAAAUAAUGUCAUUUAUAAUUCCUCCACCACCUGAUCCAGAAGAUAAAAAAAAUAAUUCGAAGGAACAAACAGAAAAUCUAUACAGCAAUUCGAUUUCAGAAAAAUUGCUUCCAAACCGAAAUCAAUUAAACAAGUUAAGUAGAUGUGAAGAGGAGCAUGUGAUCGAGUACUCCACAGUCGAACGCAAGGGAAAGUUCUCUUGCUGUCCAAAAUCUUUAAAAAGUAAUGCUGAAAAUAUUUCUGAAUCAGACAAAAUCGGUCUUGAGGUGCCACCACGUUUACAAUCCAUAGACAAACCAACACCUCCAGAGCGACCGCCUAAAAGUCUAGAGUUGAUUCAACGUUAUUAUCCAAAGAGACCACCAGGCACAUCUGCUGGCUUUCAAAACUACAAUGAAAAGGCUAAAAAACAAGAACAAAAAGCCCACGAAGAGCGACCACCAUUAUUACCACCAAGAAUUAAAAAUUUCAAAAGCUGUGAGGAAAAUUCUUCCACUCCAUCGGUGAGUGAAGCCCCACAGAAACCACCUUUGCCGCCAAUAACCAACCGUUCCACUCAACGAAAUAUAUCAGUAAAUGUGAACGAUUUAAGCAGUGAAAAUUUUUCACAUGUUCCACCAUUGAUGCCUUCAUGCGUUUUCCCGGUAUCUCAUCCUAACCCCAUCUCUAAUUACUCCUGCAACAUACAACAUGAAAAACACCCUAUUACUGCUACAUCGAAUGAGAAUCAUCUAUUAAAAAAUUAUUACCCCCAGACUUAUAUUAAGAACUCAACAAUCGAUAAAUUUCUUCCUAUCUCUUCAUUCAGUUCUCCCCAAAUGUCACAAAAAAUUGAAAGUCCUGGUUCAGUGUCCAAACCUCUAAAAUCUGUUAUUUCACAAAAAUUUGGGGAAAGGUAUAUUAUAAAGAAUGGGCAUGUUAUUGACAGCGAAGCACUGUUGACCAAAACCGACAUAGCAAUGGCAGGACUCUUGGUGAAACUUGAUCAGGUAGCCGCCAAGUGUUCAGCAGCGCAACUCGCAGGCGGGGGUUCUAAUAUUGACGAGGAUAAAUUUCAGCGUGCUCGGAAUGAACUGACUGAACAAACAUUGAUGCUAGUGACUGCGUCUAAAUUUUUAGUAGUAGCAAUGUCGGAUAUGACUUUAUCGACUCUGCCAGAGCAUCUCACUUCCUGUCUCACAGCGAUUCGGCGUAUUACUGAACUCACACAAGAUAUGACUCUCCAUACAUCGUCACCAUUACAAACUCGAAAUAUUGUGCUUAAAGUUCAUGAUGUGGGAUCCAGUUUCAGGGAAUUAGUAGGGGUGCAAAUCGGUCCAUUAGGGGCUGGACAACUUGCGCUACAAGCUGAAUGUUUAGCCAAUGUCUUAGCAACUUUACUUCGAAGUUUACGGGUAUUCUCGCCAUGAACAUAGGCAUACAUAUUUCGAGAAUGUUUUUGUAAUGUAAAUAUGCUACUUUUUUGUGAAAUAAUUUAUGCAUACAUAUAUGAAAUAUUUAGACUCAAUGUAACCAAAUAUUAUAUCGCAGUUCAUGAUAAUAUACAUAUUGCUAAAUACAAUUAAUUUACUAAGAGAGUCAAAUUCCUUUUCACAAGCAAUGUCUUUCAGAAAUAAGUAAUACAUUGUGAUCUAAUGAACUAAUUUUCAUAUACAUACAUACAUAUAUAAUAAUACAUACGGUAUAAGCAUGUAUCAAUUUACAAAAGUUGCAAGUAUUAAAAAAAUUCGUAUAACUUAUACAUAUCUAUAAUAUUUAUAUUACCGGAUUUACUAAAUUCAAAGGAUAUCUGCAUACAUGUCCACUAUAUUUAAAUUUAUUAAAUAAUGUAUGGUAUAUACAUACAUAUGCAUAUACAAUUAUGUAUAUUUUAGUUUUUUUUUCAAAAUACUCAUGAUUUUAAAUUACAUUAUGCGUCUACAGUACGUCAUAAUUUUUGGAAUUACAUAAUUGAUAUUCUCGUAUCAUCUGAUAAGGAUUAAAGCAGUUACGCUCAAAAUUUUAAGCAAACGACUUCUAUUAAGGAAUACGUACACACUCUCUAGCAACGUUUCCCGAUAAAUGCAUGUUAUUUUAAAUAAUAACUUUACAUAUUAAUAUCGUUAAAUUCCUUUAUUAAUGGAAAAUAUAUACUGUCUUAGGCUUUUGAGAUAUUUUUAUAUGUAGUUCCUUGGUUUUCGAGUACUAAAUUGUUUUAAAUUAAUUUAAAUAAAAUAUUUGCGAGAAUCAUAGAAUUUUAGAGAUGUCUUCCAUAAAGUUAAUAUGAACUAAUACAAUAUCUAAAAGUUGAUUUGUGUGUGACUUCCAAAUAUUAUUGCUACCAAUAUUCGUCAUCAGUAUACUUGUAGAUCUAUGGUACAUAUGUUUGUAUGUACUAUGAUAUAUCAAUACAGUGAAAUUUCGCAUAACCGUUCACCCACCGUCUCACUGUUUUGUCCGGUUAAGGGAGCUGUCCAUAUAUGGAAGCAAAAACGAGUGGUUAAAUAAUAUUGUUAGAGGCAGAAGGUGCAACUCUUUAUACUAUUUCUAUUGAACUAAUAAAUGAGAAACAAUGUCAGCCAGGAGUCAAUGAAGUACAGUUACCCCAUUAUUUAUUUUUACGUAUUGUUCUUAAAAAACUGUAUCAAAACACCAAACAUUCAUAAGAAUUUAAAAGAGCGGGAACUAUAAACACAAUUUUCUUGAAACAUUUUAUGAAAUCUUGCCCGUUUAUCAGAUAUAAUUUAAACGAAAUACUAUCAGAAUAGUGACCGUGUCCGGUCAUUGGAAAGUUCUCAUGUCGGGUUGUAGGAAUUGGUUUUGUUUGAAAAUAUUAAUGAGAGGAGAAUUUCACUGUAUACCAUUUUGAAUUUUGCGAAUAUACAUUUUUAUUCUCCAAAACUUAAAAGAUGUGUUUACUCAAUUCUUAUUAUACCAAAGAAUUUUAUGAACUAUUUUUAAUGCUUCGGUCAAACAGUAGUACAAACUUUAAUGGGUUUAUAUCUUAAGCGCACAUUCCACCAAAAUUAAAAGGCAAAUGCUUCAGAAUUCAUAUGUGGGUGUAUUUGUUUGUAUUGUAAAUAUAUACAUACGUAUCUACAUCCAUGUGCUUUAUCUGUAAUUCUACAUUUAUGUGUAUAAAAACAUUAUACCAUAAGCAAUUAUAUGAAUAUUUCAAUCGCAUUAAGGUUUAAUACAGUAGAUUCUAGCUAAAAUAUUCAUGACCAAACAAUAAUCAAAAAAAAAACUUGUGAUAUCUAAUUUUUGUGAAUUUAUUAGAAUUUGUGAUCUAAAUUCAUAAUAAUUAAGAGUUUAAACAGUUGAGCGUACGUUGGAUUUAAUCAGACCAUAUUAUGUACAUGCAUACCUACAAACGUAUUUACAUAUAUAUGUAUGUGACAUACUAAUACAUAUAUUAUAUAUAUAUGUAAACGAAAACAUAUAAAAUAAGAUAGAUUUUUUUAAUAUAAGUUUGUUGAUUCGUUUUAGAUAAUACCUAAAAAGAUUAGUUUUUAAUGAGAAAUUAUAACUGCAGAAUUAAACUAUUAAAAAUAUUACACAUACAUACAUAUGGAUUGUUAAUUAAACUAUUAUUGUACUCCCUAUUAUGAUUAAAUUAUUUCGUGCGAGCUUAUUAACGAUAUUGUGGGAAUGAGUUGGCGUUAAACGCAAUUCACAUAAAUAAUUUUACACACCAACAUAUAAUAUGGUGUUGUAUUUACUAUAUAUAAUAAUAAACUAAACAACUGUAUUUAAAAUGCAUACAUAUUUAUUGUCAUAUGAAUGUACAGAUAUAAAGCAGGAGAUCUAAAACACAUAAACUCAUAAGAUAUUGCAGAACGUACAUACAUAUGUACAUCAAUUCACAUGUGGUAAGAAGACUUUAAAUACAAUAAAAAUUUAUACACAUUGCAA